CCGGGCAGGGGCGGCACGUGCCGGCGUUUGGUCAUGGCGGAGGCGGAGGCGGCCGGUCCGGAUGCGGCCGGGGAUGGCGCUGGCGAGGAGCGGUUGGCCGUUAUCGGCGCCACCGUGCCCACCGGGUUCGAGGCGAUGGCGGCCGCGGAGGUGCAGGAGAAGCUCGGCUCCGCGUCCCGGAUCAGCAGGGACCGCGGGAAGAUCUACUUCGAGGUGCCGGCCCACAGCCUGCCCGAGGUCCAUCAGCUGAGGUCUGUGGAUAAUUUGUUUGUUGUCGUUCAGGAGUUCAAAGAUUAUCAGUUUAAAGAAACCAAGGAAGAUGCUUUAAAAGAUUUGGAAGAUUUGGUUAAAAAACUGCCUUGGGACGAUCCUCUGAAAAUCUGGGAGCUGAACAAUGGCUUAAAAAAGAAAAAGACAAAACGCAAAAAGCAGAAUGUGCAGCAAACUGCAAGCAAAGGGGAGCUGCAGGACGGCACAGGGGAGGAAAAGGAGCACAGAGCUGCGGGUGGGCAGGAGGACUGCACCACUAACAUGGCAGGAGAUGGCCAGAGUGGAGAAGAGAUGCAAGGAGAUGCCUCACAAAAUGAGGAGGAUGAUAAUGAACUCUCAGAGGCUAAAAAUGAACUGCAUGCCAGUUCUGGGGCUGAGACAAAGGCAGGAGAAGAUAAGAAAGAUGGAGGAGAUGUGAAGGUGUUAAAGUUUCGCGUUACAUGCAAUAGAGCUGGAGACAAGCACAGUUUUACAUCAAAUGAGGCUGCAAGAGACUUCGGAGGAGCUGUACAGGAGCACUUCCAGUGGAAGGCCGACAUGACCAACUUUGAUGUAGAGGUACUCCUGAAUAUUCACAACAAUGAAGUAGUUGUGGGCAUUGCAUUAACUGAGGAGAGUCUCCACAGAAGAAAUAUUACACAUUUCGGACCCACAACCCUUCGCUCAACUCUUGCUUAUGGCAUGCUUAGACUCUGUGAUCCCCAGCCAACAGAUAUCAUCAUUGAUCCAAUGUGCGGUACAGGUGCAAUACCAAUAGAGGGAGCGAUGGAAUGGCCUGGUUGCUUCCACGUUGCUGGUGAUAACAACCCACAAGCUGUAAAGAGAGCAGCAAGCAAUAUCUGCUCUUUGCUAAAGAAAAAUGAAAGUAAGGAAAGCAGUGCUUCCCUGGGCGCACCCUUAGACAUCGUUCAGUGGGAUAUUUGCAAUCUCCCCUUGCGGACUGGCUCUGUGGAUGUCAUUGUGACCGACAUGCCUUUUGGGAAAAGGAUAGGGUCAAAGAAGAAGAACUGGGAUCUCUAUCCAGCCUGCCUCAUGGAGAUGGGGCGGAUCUGCACACCAGGCACAGGUAGAGCUGUGCUGCUGACUCAGGACAAGAAAUGCUUCAUCAAGGCCUUGUCGAGACUGGGACACAUCUGGCGCAAAAGUCACACAGUGUGGGUGAAUGUAGGGGGACUUCAUGCUGCAGUGUAUCUUCUGAAACGCACCUGGGAAAGAGUGGAAGAAAAUAAGUCCUUCUGGUGACAGCCCUUGUGGAGGAAGACAGCAGAGACCUGCAUCAUUUCCAGAUGAGCAGCUUGGUAAAGGAGGUUGCUGAGAGUGUUUGUCUCAGUUCCUGAGCGAAAGGCAAUAAAUAAGAAUUGUGUAAAUUGAGCACUGAACCAGGGACCAACCUGAGAACUCCCCGUUCUACUGUGUGCUCUGAACCUGACUUAAGUUAUUGCUUUUCACUCUGCCACCUUAACUGAAAGUCAGUAGUGGUGUCAGCAAUGCUCUCCUUUGCCUGAGUCUUUUCUACCACAUCUGUUGUAUUUCUCAGUUAAAUGUUUGUUCCCUCUGCUUAUAGUAGAAAACAUGUUGAGGCGUUUUUGGAGCCAAUUGGCAGCUUAUUUUUCCCCUGAACUGUAGAAAUCCUAUCUUAAAAUGCCAGUCUUAGUAUUCCAGUUAGUCAUCUCAAAGGGUUUGGAGGUAGUACCUCUUUGCUGUAGAACUUUUCCAAACUGAAAGUUUAAAGUUGAUACUGUUUCCCAGAUGUGAAUUAAGAUGUUUGAUGCUCCAGUGAGGAAAUGCUAGCAGUGCGCAGGUGCUGCUGUUUGUUUCUUACCUGUUACCAGCUCAGUGCUGUUGGUGCCUCGGGCUGUUUGCAGGUCCCGCUGUGGGUGAGGCAGAGCAGUUGUGGUUUCUGCCUGGGAGCGGUGUUACCUGGGAGUUGUGAUGCUGGCACUGAGGGGCAGCGAUGAGGGGUUUUGUAGGAGCUGCUGUAGGGAUGCUGCCCUAAUGACAGGAAUUCAUGUUCAAUGAAUGUCUUGUUCAAUUCUUGUUCAAUGAAUGUCUGUUUCCUUCUCUGAACAUCCUGCGGUUUCUCAGGCUAAUUACUCUGCUCAUCAGAGGCUGAAACACUAAUUACCAGCUUGUCAUUCCAUUGAAGUGUAUUCAAGCUCGUGGUACCGCUCUCAGAGCUGGAUUUAGGCCUAUUAAAGUUUAUUAGCUCCAUAAAGGCA